AUGACUCGCCGUUGGCAGCGCGCGCUCUGGCUGGGUCACAGAUGCCGGUGGCGGGAUGGGGAGCACCAGGGGUCAGCAGUCGGGGAUGCCUCUAGCUUAAGGGCACCAAGGGAUGGAGUCCCAAAUGCAGGUGCCUCUGGCUGUGAUUGUUUCACAGUAUGUGGCAGGCCUCAGUUUACAGGGAAGAUCUUUGGAGGUAAUGCAGCAAAACCUGGAAGGUGGCCGUGGCAGGCCAGUCUGCUCCUGGGUAACCAACACAUCUGUGGAGCUACCCUCAUCGACAAGAACUGGCUGAUCUCUGCAGCCCACUGCUUCCAGAGGUCCCACAACCCAUCCAGCUACCGAAUCCUGCUGGGCUACAACCAGCUAAGCAAGCCCACAAACUACAGCCUGAUGAUGACCGUGCAUAAGCUCAUUGUCCACGAAGACUAUAACAAAUUUCACCGCAUGUCAAGAGACAUCGUCCUGAUGCAACUGCACCAGCCUGUGGAGUACAAUUCCCACGUCCUCCCUGCUUGUCUAGCAGAUGCAGACUUGCAGCUGGAUCCCUUUAUUUCCUGCUGGAUAACUGGCUGGGGGAUGCUUACUGAAAACAGUGAGCACACAGGGCAAGGCAAAGGGUGUGGGGCUGGGAGACCUGGGUCUUCAAUUCUUAAAAAACCUCAUGGUUCCCUCAGUUCCGCCCUUCCACUCCUCCCCCCAAAUUCUCUAAUUUUCAGAAUCAGAAAUUGGGUUCUGUCAUUUUGAGCCAUUUAGGAUUAACAGGGCUGAGAACAAAUUUGGCUCCCUCAUUCAAGGUUCUUCUGGGAUUUGGCCAUUGCAGGGUCUCAUCAAACACCACUCAGUCCUCCAUGGCCCCAGAAAGUCCUGUGUGAGUAAGGAGAGGAGAGCAGCUCACCCUUUGACCUGA